AGUGUGUGGAGAAAUGGCGAACGUGAGGGACAGUGAUACAUCGCUGUGGCUUCAUAACAAGCUAGGAACUUCUAAUGACACCUGGAUAGGAGGUUCGAUAUGCUCCCAGCUUAAUGCAUCUGUUCUAAGAAAUAUCCGAGAAUGUUUUGUGGAUUUGCAGACUCAGGUAAAGCUGAAACUACUGUUGGCACUUUUGCACACCCCAAGGAGGAACGUAGAAGAGUGGAAGGUGGACAUCGAAGAGAUACUGGAAAUCGCAGCCUUAGACUCCGACCAGUGGGUCUCGAUGCUGGCAGAAGUCAUGAGAACGUUUCCGGCUACCGGAAAUCUAAACACAGACAUCGGGAAGAUGGAGGAAAAUAAGAAGAUCUUUGGGGAUUUGAUUGCGGAAUUAAAGAGGCUCGUGAAGAAAAAUCUCGACUUGGAUCUGCUACCACUGGAGUGUCACUACCUCAACAAGGCUGCGUUGGUCGCCUCGGUUGGCCAGAUUAUCCAACCCGAGAAGCACUUCGCGCUGCGACGCAAGCCCAAGUCGGCGGCGCUGAAGGUGGAGUUGCUGCAGAAGGUCAAGGACGCCAGUCUGCAGGUCAAGAAGAACGUCAUGCCCAGCGUUCCCGUCCGCUCGCGAGGCAUGCCGCGCAAAAUGGAGAAUGCCACGCCGCUCAAAGGCAUCCCUAGCCGGAUCCCGACCGGCGGCUUCACGGGCACCAGCAACCUGUCGCGGCUGGCGGCGGCCGGCGGCACGCCCGGCCGCCUGGCCCGCACCCCGGCCGGCAGGAAGGAGGGCCGCGUCAAGAUGCUCGACAUCAACGAGCAGCCCAUCGGCGUGCAGCAGAUCAAGAAGCGCAAGAAGCUGCCGGAGGAGGAGGAGAAGGAGGCGCCGUCGCAGCCUCCACCGGCGGCACCCAAGCGGGCCCGUGUGACGGAGGGCGGGGGCGCCACUCCCGACUACGCGGCCGGCCUGCCGUCCCGGCCGCAGCCGGCCGCGCCCGACGCGGUACAGGCGGCGCCGGCCAUGUACGCGCCGCAACAAGGACAACCGCAGAUAAUCUCGCAGCAGACGUAUCAGCCCGUGCAGCAGGCGGCGGGUAUGAGCCCUCACAAUCUCUCGGAUCCAGUGCAGCAGCAGAUGCUGCUGCGACGGGUGGUGAGCGGCCCGCAGCAGCAGCAGCAGCAGCCGCAGCAGCAGGCGCAGCAGCAACAGCAGGUCACCAUCAUCGCCCAGCCUCAGGCCAACGCCCAGCGGCGCAACCUGACGCUGACACGGGAGCAGAUGCUGGAGGCGCAGGAGAUGUUCCGCACCGCCAACAAAGUCACGCGGCCGGAGAAGGCGCUCAUCCUGGGCUUCAUCGCCGGCUCCCGAGACAACCCGUGCCCGCACCUGGGCAACGUGGUCACCAUCAAGCUGUCGGAGAACCAGGAGUCGGUGCCGCAGGGCGACGGCGGCCCGUUCGCGGCCAUGGUGGCCGAGACCCACUUCCAGAUGAACUACUCCACCGGCGAGUGGAAGCGGAUCAAGAAGUUCCGCCGACUGGACGAGGUGGCCGGCUGAGGGGCGGGCCGCGCCGCCGCGCCGCGGGUCGGCGCCGCGGCGCGCCACCGUCCGAUCUCGGGCGCGGCUCCUCACCG